CAGCUCGCGCACAGUUAAAUGAGAUCCAUGUUUGGUGCCUGGUUAUAACUUGAACCGAUGAUUGAGAUCAGGCCACUAUUUCCAUUAGGUCACUUUAAACCUUCGAUAUCCAUACCAAGAAAUAUUUUUGUGUUGAUUAUUUGACAAUUAUGCUUUCAAUUCUCACUACUAAUAUUCAUAAAUGCGUUUUAAAUCUUCACCGUGUACAAUCAGAUGAGGAUUGAGGAAGUCACAACUCACAAUCACAAUGAUCAGCGAAUGAUGUGUUGAAUGUUGAUAAAAUGAAAACGAAAGAUGGACCUAUGGAAUAGGUUGUUUCAUACACGUAAGAACUUUGAAGAGUCUCAUGCUUCUCAGAUUCACAAGAGUGAUGGCUCUGAUGGUCAGGAAGUACCGCUGUCACCGCUCAGGAACGAUGUCCAAAUACAAGAACAAAGAGCUGCUUCGGAUCGAAGAUCACGCUGUUCUUCCCGAGGCUUCGAGAUCAGCACGAGCGGCAUACGCGUUUUGCUUUUCCGCGAGUGCGAGAGACGUGGUCGCAUGUGUAUUUAUGACUCUAGUACCAUCUUGAGAGUACCGGUAUCUACCCUAAAUGUGAGUGACGAAUCUAUGCCUCUCACAACAGCACCUGUGAGAGGUAUUGCUCUUCUUACCACACCUUCUGCAGGUGUUUUACACUCUACCCAACCUCGACCAGAAACGGCAUCAACUGGUUCUAAUACCAGACUAUCAUCAGCUAGCGGUAAUCCCUCCACUUUGCCCGCUUUUCGUCUUAGAACUUUGGGACCAUCACGUUCUUCAGGAUGCGUUCUCAGUAACCCUCUUCCCGUGUCUGAUAAUGUAAGAGCAAGUUCCAAUGAGACCAAAGAUUCUUUUAAAUCAUAUCGUGAGGCUAGCAGAUCCAGUGACCCCAUUUCCUCGUACAAUUCCCCUUCAACUGCUCGCCCCACUCAACCCCGCAAGACAGAAGUUAUUAUGGAGAUAACGGAAGACCACGUGUACCAGUUCUGCCGCCAAGCAAGUGACAGCAAACAGCUGGGGGAGCUUGUGUUCGGCAGCGUCGAGCUGGCGUACCGUGGUCCCUGUUCCAAGCUGCACACGCUGCCUGGACGCGUGCUGCUGUCCCGUGUACAGCCGCGCCCUCCACCUCCAGCUGCUAGAGGCGGCUACCGGGGUUCAGGCAUCCCGCCUCAUCCAGCCGCCCCGCACCGGCAUCCAACGCUCGCAAGCGACGCUGGCAUCAGCUCCAUGGGCAGCUCACUGGAGGUGCUGGGAAGGCUGCCUUCAGGUGCCACAGACCCGUCCUCUGACAGCGUCAACUUCUACCUCGGCGGCAGCAGCAGCUCCGACCGUCGCCGUCUGUCUUCCCUUGACAAGCGCCGGCAUCGCUCUGAUGUGCCUGAGUUUAGACGCACAAGUACCACUGUCAGUGACGUGAAAUCUUCAUUCGGUGGCUCUAGUGUAUUUUGUUCAACUGCUGGCUUCCCGGAACCGGGCUGUGAGCUGCGUCGAACCAGCACUUCUCCCAGCGAGGAUGACUCUGGUUUCGGAGGACCUGCUUCUUGGCUGUCUGCUACAGGGGGAUCCUUCGCCGGACUUCUGUCGCUGCCUGUCACGCCCGUCGGAUCUGUCUCGUCCAAAGGGUCGCUCAACAGCAGCAGCGGCAGCCUGAGCAACCUUCAGAAGCGCUACCUGCGACGCACGACCGACACGUCAUUAGACUGCCUGGCCAGCCCCAGCUGCUCCUCAUUUAGUCCUCCUGGCGGCGAUGCAGGUGUCGGUAAGAACUCGACCCUGAGGUCACGGGAGAGCAAACUACACGUCGACGUCGCCUCACCCGCCUGCGGCGAUGGCGGCGUGGCUGCCGCGUCGCACGGCAGGAUCGGUCUUGCGGUCGUGCUCUCUGCCGAGCCUCGCUAUGACUGUGCCAGAGAGCAGCUGGCCCUAGAGCGGUGGGUGGUGUUGCAGGCGCCGCUGUUGGAGGGCUGCAUCAACAGACUGCAGGCCGCCCUCGAUGUCGCCUAUCACAGCUCCUCCAGCUUCGUGUCACGGGCCCAUGCUGCUGUUGCUGCUUUCCAGAGGGAGCUGCUGGACUUGCUGUACGGUCCCAGAGUGACAUCUGCACUGUGGCUGGAGAUUCUCUCCACUCCCGCGGCUUCUCAGCCUCUUGCUAGCAGCAGCGACAGCGGCUUGUUGGUCCCUGCCGCAGACGCCCUGCCUCGCGACGGCGGCGCCGAGUUGGACGGGAAGGCUCGGCGUCAGGCCCUGAGUGCCGCGCUCGUUGGUUCCUUGCGUCUAUUGCUUCAGGAACACGACACCAAGCAGACCAACUUCUUCAUGAGCCGCCUGCUCACGGCGGUGCUAACCUACCACCUGGGCUGGGUUACGAGCGUCGCCCUCAGAGAAGACGCCGCUGCUCACAUUGCUUUACCAGUUACUACAGCAACGAUGUCUGCUGCAGCAGAUUACUGCAGUGAUAGCAGCGCGCCUGGUCCAGGUUCCUCGCAGCCUUUUUUCUUCCAUCAGCCCCAGGAGAAUGAGAGCGGGCUGCUGACACAGCUGCUGGAGCUGCAGGGCUGUUUGGGCCACCCUCCACAGUGCUGCCGAACGGUGCUGCUCGGGUCAUCGCCGUCGCUGUUGCAGCACUGCCUCAGCCUCCUCUCCUACCUCGUCAGGUGUCAGCAGGUUGAAGAACGUGGGGUUUUGCCUGGCGAGUGCUUGAAUUUGUUUCCCAAGGAAGAAGUUGUAGCUGAAAUUCCUAACCCAAGAAUAUUCCGGAAUACUGUCACCGAACCAAAUAUUUCAAGAGAUAACAGCUCCUCCAUUCUCACAGAACAUACUCAGCCGUCCAAGUUAAAAUCUAACGUAAUAGCUGAGAGUUUCACCAGAAAUUCAUCUGAAGUGACCCUGCAGCGAUCUUCUUCUAGUGGCAGUUGCAGAAGAUCUUCAGAUGACAGUAACUGUAAAGUAUCGUCUAGUGAAUGUAGUCCUGCAGUCUCAGGCCAUACAAGCACCGCAUUGUACCGCAAACGGUCCUCGAUCCAAGGCAUGACGGGCACUGCGCUGGAAACUCUUUCAGAGCUCGGGUCUCCAGAUCUCAACUUCCGUAAGCAUGAGGUCACUUCACAGCCCGAGUUUAUGUUAACAGAUCAGAAAUGCCAGAGAGUUCACAAUGAAAAUUUAUCUGUCAACGUGGCGGUAUCACAACAUUCCUUUUCGAACAGCGGUGACGAAGAGAUGUCUAAUGAUCAGUGCAGAUCCAGCUAUACGGAUACAGCGAAAACCGAGACGAUUGUUUCCAAAGCAAGCAUAUCUUUGAAAAAGAUUUAUGACCAGAGUGAACGAGAUAAUGAAGCGUGUAAUAGCAAUUUGUUACCAACUGAAACACAUGUUUCAAGUGUAUCGGCUACAAAAUCUAUUCCAACGUCGAAAACAUCCUUCAACUUAACUGAUUUAUCCAACUCGCUUUCUUCAUUAUCAGAUAGCACUCUGAAGGAACAGAGCAGCUUGCUUGAUAAAAGUGAAUCGCGCAGGUCAUCUCGCAGUUCUUUGACUGCUCCCAUCUAUCCUGAUCUUUCUACUCUUGAUUGUCACAGAGAGGUAUUUGGACCUGCCGAGUUCCAGCCUGAUGUGAUCGCUGCUAAAGUUAGAAAAUUGUGUCGAACUACCCCUGACAGGAUAACGCAUGAAGGGGAGUCCAGUCGGGUUUCCUCUUCUGGGUCUUCAGAAGUGAUGCAUAAGUUUACCCGUAAAGCCUCUUCAGAUCGAGGUUUAAGUGAUAAAAUAUCACAAGAUGAAAGUGCGUGUACUGGCGUUUCACCACUGUCAGAGAACAACAGCGGUGUUGUAGAUUCCACUCAGGGGUCUCUUAUUAACACGGAGCAACAGAAAAGACCUGUACGGUCAGAUGCAGACGACGUAAAGAAAGUAAUUUUCGUCAUCGGAGAGGACGACGAUGACUUAGGAGGAUCUUCACCGAAAACCACUGAAAAUGCGCACACUUGCUCCCCACACCCGCGAGAUUUUUUAGAAAUGAGGGAGUCAAGGAACGUUGCUCGAGCGGUUUGUUUGGACGGAUUAGCCCCAGAAACUUUCGGUGGUGUCAACAGAAGUGGUAGCGAACGCUGGCUUAAACGGGACCACAUUCUUGGCCACAAACGCACCAGUAGCGAUCCUACUGCCAAGAGACGUGGCACUGCCCCAAAUGCCGCACCGAUGGUCUCGUCUGUCGCAACAACUAUUGUUCCCACGGUUGUUUCAUCUACCACCAAAACUUGUGUGGUAUUUGAAGGUAAAUCUCCUAUUCCCACUGAAACAUAUACGCUUGCCUCCAGCUAUGCCCCUACUUCUGCCGCUGGUAUUACACCUUCAGUUAAAAAUUUGGUCACGACGAGAGCCUCCCCUACUAGAACAACUACUGCUAUGGUCACUGUGGAUUGUUCUGCUCGUAAUAUGGCAGCUAGCCUCACUAAAGACAGUGCGCCGUCUGAUGAAACUUCUGACCAAUCUAAGAAAUCUUUAGCUCCAACAAUACCGUCUGCGCAUCCUGCUAAUGUGGCGGUCGUCUCUCCAGUUGAUGCAAUAAUAUCUGCGACGCAGCUCAGACCUGCCGCAGAUAUUACAACGGCUGUGACUACGGGUCCAGUAGCUCAGGUGUCUUGCAGUGCUGGUUUUAAUCGCGCUAUUAGUGUACCGCCUGCUGGGUCCCCGGUUCCUGGAGCGUCUUCUACUAAUUUUCUUCCCGCUUCCUCGGAUGAGGUCAUUUCGAAUGCUAUGAAUUUCAAGGCAGGGAUUUCAAAAGAUGAAAAUUUUCGGGAAGCUGUACGGCCGGGAACGGACGUAGAUCCCACCACCCAGGUUGAAACUUACGAUGUACCAGUGCGCGAGAAACCAUCAAGAAAAAUAGACACGACGAAGCGGCAUGAGCCAAAAAUCGCCUGCGUCUUCCUUCCAGAGCCUUCAGUUGACGUUUGUUCGCCACGAUCAGUGCUCGGGGUUGCCGAGGGAGUGAUCGGUGGCGUUCUGGACCGUUACUCGCCCGUAUACGUGCUACAGGCCGUCAUCAACACCGACUCUGAACACUUCAACUCGCGAUCAGGCUUCGGCAACAGUGGAUCGGCGUCGAGAUUUGGCUCGGAAUCUUCGGCGCGGUCAAUCACAACGUAUCAACCCUCCUCUGACCGCAGUGCUUACAGCCUUCAGAGCGGUCGUCCGUCAUCGCUAUCGUCUGCUUUGGAAUGUGAAACUAAAUCUACUGUUCAGGGCACCCUGGCUUUCGCUUCAUCGCUGUUUGGCACCAGCCCCACGAGACUUUUCGGAGGUUCGUCUACCAAGACGAAUGCUCCUUCACUGGGCAGAACUGAGCCGUCCAAUCGUGCUGGCUUGUCAUCUGCCGAUAAAAAUGCUCGUUGUGAAACUUCCAAAUCUGUCGUUUUGAAAGCCUUGCGCCUGAACCUUGCAGUAGAUGCUAGAUUCUCACAAUUUAAAGUAAGCCAUAAUGCCAUUCUAGCUGAUUUCGAUGACUGGAGCGUGAAUAUAGUGACUAGUGACAGUGAUGGAAUAGUCGUAGGUAUGUCGCCUCUCAUUGCGAGUAUCACGGACUCUUUACUUCAGCUCGUGCUGCUUGGUGCUGAUCCUGACACUGUAUUGCAGUGUCUGGAUGAUAAACUCUCGGAAGUGUACAGGCAAUCACUGGUUCUCGCCAAUUACUUACUGGGUGGAACUACCGUACUAAGCGAAAGUCGUGACCGUGAGGGCAACGUUACUCUGAAUGCUCGCACGAAGGUGGGGAUAAACCCAAGUCGAUUAGCUGAUUUGCCGUCCGCUUUAGGACUGGAUCUGAAUGAUCUGCCGCUUCUGCUGGCUACGGCUUCAUCUCAUUCGCCUCACUUAGCUACUAUGUAUGGGCUCGCUAUACGUUGAACUUUAGCUAUUAUAUAGCUUUGACUAACCUUUCGUAUGCACCUAUCUUAAUGCUCAUCGAGUUUUAUUUUUCAAGAACGGAUUAACGCCUUAUAAUUAUCUUGCAUGAUCAGCCGUGCUGUGAUAUUAAAAUAGUGUUGUUUUCCUGUUUGACAUUUUACUUUUGACUGUGAUACUUUUCAGCAAUCACCUUUAUAGUCUGAGUAUAUUUAUCCUUUUCUGCGACGUUAUUUCGUCGACGCUUGUCCAUACCUACUUACUUCUCGAAAAUAAUGAAAUGAAUAAAUAAUGGUGCAAUGUAUGGAAAGCUCAGUAGUCUUUGAAAAAUAUAACUCAGUACUCACUGCAGUGAGUGACAGAGCGCGCAUU